UUAGGGGGACACAUCUUGAAGCAAUCCAGUUACUGCACCUGUACCUAAGUCCUCUGUGGCGUUUGCUAUUUCUGGAAAUCUACAAUUAACCUGAAGAUUUAAAAAACUGCCUCCUAUAUAGAACUUUUUUUUCCUCGCUGCUUGUGAUCCAAUUUAUACAGAUAUAAAAUGUCUAAUUCUAAAUAUGUGAAUGAUGAAGACUUUGAUGAUGACAUCCUCACCCAGAAUGUUAUUCAACAAAGCUUGCAGUAUAUCCAUAAAAGUGAGACACUUACAGAUUCUGCAGAGAGUGAUAGAUUCCAGUUUGUUAUGAGCACAGAACAUGGAAAGAUAAUCACAGCAAUACGUGCAGGCCAAGAAGCAGACUUGCUGAAGUUGAUGAGGCACAGUUCAGCUUUUAAGGAAGCUGAUCAGCGAGGCUGGCUUCCUUUGCAUGAAGCUGCAGCACAAUUAAACAAGAACAUCCUAGAAAUAACUCUGAAGGCUUCAGACCCCACUGUGUGGGAGCAGACCAGUCUGAAAGGCGAAACUCCUCUCUUUGUAGCAGUAGACAAAUGCCUCUUAGACAAUGUCCACUUUCUCCUGCUCAGUGGCUGCAAUCCUAAUGUUAAGAAUGAAGAAGGAGAUUCUUCUUUAGUUAUAGCAAUUAAACAUGAUUUAUAUGAAAUUGCCUCCCUGCUGAUAAGUUUUGGAGCAAAUGUAAACUUGCAGUGUGUCAAUAAGAGGACAGCUUUACAUGAAGCAGCCAGACUAGGCAGGAAAGAUAUCGUGAACCUUCUGCUUUGCUCUGGAGCAGAUCCUGAUCCCCGCAGUGCAUAUGGGCUCACUCCCCUAGCGCUGGCUGCACAGAUUGGGCAUACAGAAAUUAUGCAAAUUUUACUGCGAAAAGGUGCUGAUGUCCUUUCACAGGCAGCUGAUUGUGCUUCCAUAUUAUUUGAAGCUGUUGGAGGAGGAAAUCCAGAUUCACUCUCUCUUUUACUAGAAUAUGGAGCUGAUGCCAAUGUGCCAAAACACUCAGGUCACUUGCCUAUCCACAGAGCUGCAUACAGAGGACACUUUCUCGCUUUAAAGCAGCUAGCUUCAGUUACUGAUUAUGCUGCCAUUAAGGAGAGUGGGAUAAGUCCAGUUCACUCAGCAGCAGCAGGAGCACAUCCUCAGUGCCUUGAGUUUCUCCUCAAAUCUGGGUUCGAUGCCAAUUUCAUGUUGCAUGAGAGGGUUCGCAAAGGCUACGAUGAUCAGAGGAAAUCAGCUUUAUAUUUUGCUGUCUCAAAUGGGGAUAUUUGCUCAACUCGGCUGCUUCUGGAUGCUGGAGCCCUGCCAAAUCAAGACCCCAUUAAGUGCCUCCAGCUAGCCUUGAGAAUGGGCAACUACGAGCUAAUCAAUCUACUGCUUCAGCAUGGGGCCAAUGUAAAUUACUUCUGCAGAGUGAAUACGACGCAUUUCCCCUCAGCUCUGCAGUAUUCUCUAAAAGAUGAAAUCAUGUUAAGAAUGUUGCUGAAUUAUGGGUAUGAUGUGUACCGCUGCUUUGAUUGUCAGCAUGGAGACAACAUUCGUUCCCCAUAUGGCUUUGAAGGCUGGACUCCUUCUGUUAUCAAAGACAACAUGUUCUGUGACGUGAUAACGCUGGCAUGGCUGAAGCACGCAGCUGGGAAAGUAGUGCGAGUGAUGCUAGAUUAUGUUGAUCAUGUUAGCAUCUGCUGUAAGCUGAAAGCGGUUCUCAAGGAACAGACACUAUGGCCAGAAAUCAAUUCCAUUUUGACAAAUCCACGUUCAUUGAAACAUCUUUGUCGUCUGAAGAUUUGGAAAUCCAUGGGUCAUUUGCGUCUGCGUUGUCCUGUCUUCAUGACCUUCCUUUCGCUGCCCAAUUGUUUGAAAGAAUAUAUACUGUACAAAGAAUAUGAUCUUUAUGGCCAAGGAAACUGGAUAGGAACCCACUAACCCAACUGCAUAGAAUCAUAGGCCUAUAUUUUGGAGAGAGUAUGCAAGUGGACAAAAACUGUAUUGUAUGCAAUUCUUUUUCUCUACUGGGAUUUCAGCUUCUAAAGAACAACAAGUCACUUUGGUGAAAAUUCUUUUGGAUAAAAAUAAAAAAAGUAGAAUACAGAAAAAGUAUUGGAAACCCAACAUGUAGCCCUCAUAGCAGAAAAAGCGUCCAGAACUUAACAGAAGCAAAUACAGGUAAUGGCAAUAAUAUUUUAAAGUUAUCUAGCAUUAGGUCAGCAUUUUCAAACAACAUAUGGAAUGGGAAGUGUCCUUUAAGAUAUGUGGUCAGAUUGUAACCAGGAGUUCAAAUUCUUCUCCAAACUUCUUUGGGCUGCAACUCUUGCUAUACUUCUACAUCCUGCUUCUGUUGAACCAAAGUACUCUCCUAACAACCUACAUUGGGGUAUUUCAGUUUCUGACUAGAAUCAGGGAGAGGCUUUCCCCCUGCUCCCACCCAAGAAGAGCUGGGAGGAAGAUGAAGUUGUUUGACAAGGUUUUGACUUAUUACGGUUUGUUAUUUCAUCCAAUUAGCCAGUCCCCAAUUUUGAGCAGUGAAAUGGGGUUAAAGGCCAUAGAAUUCUUGUUAAACACAAAGCGCCAGUAUGUAGUGAAACAUUCACCGUUUUUUUUUUAUUAGACAUCUACUUUGCUGUUAGAUAGAGUAGUUCCACAUCUCAUUCUUGGUAUUUGAAUGGCCUGUCACCAUAGUAAUUAAGCGCUGGUCUACAUAUAAUAUGACCUAGAGCAAUCUUAUUUUUUCCUCUUAAAAGUUAUAAGGAUGUCCACAGAUAUUUGGAGUAUAUUUUGGACCAGCUCCCUCAAUUUCUCACCUAUUGCCAUAUUUUGGGGACGAGUUUAGAGAGUAUUGGUUGAAUUUUGCAUGUGUGGCAUUUGAAUACCAUCCGAUGCAAUGUUAAUGCAGAACUUGGAAGAUGUAAAAUGUGAAUUAUGAUUAGGCCCGGUGGGUGAUAAAAUGGAGACCCUUUCUCUAAUGGGACUUGAACAUUUCAAAAGGGCACAUUAUUGGAUACUGUCGUAAGAUCAGUCACUGCUGUAUGGGAGGAAAAGGCAAUGCCACUAUGCACUGAAUAAUGCUUUGGAUAUACUUAUGUAUUAAUUAUGAAUUUGCACUACAAUACAGUGCAGUACAUAGCUAAACAUUUACAAACCCUUACAUUUCUCAAAGCUAGGAACAGUCAAGUGUGCAAAAUACUGCAGAAGAAACAAAUAGAUAUAUAAAAAUGAGCAGUUCAAUAAACGUGACAGGCAUUAAUAGUAUUUAUUUUUUCAUAAUCAAGUUUAUAUUCAGGUAAGUAUAGAUUUUUAUUUAUACAUGCAUCUGUAUCACAUAAUUCAAAAGUCCAUUUCCCCCUCAGAAAAAUCUAUAAACUUUAUAAAAUACAGAUUGGACUAGUAUCUUAUGACUCAUAGCUUCUUACAGGGUGUCUACUCAAGUACUGAACAAAACUAAUAAGCAGGUGGGAAAUAUGCAUUAGUAGCUGUAUUAAUAGGUCUGACACUAUCAGGUUGUGCUGGUAAAACUUCUGUACCCAUCAAUUCUGUUCAUUAACAUAACUGCAGUUCUUUAGAAAGUGCGAUGCAUGCAUGUGACAAAACAAACAAGAUGUGCAUUAAAACAGCCAACUAAUGUAACAAGAAUGUUUUCCUUUUCUGUUCAGUCUUCGAUAGUUCCAAAAAUAAAUCCCCUCCGUUUUGUUUUUAUUAAAUACAAUAAAGUGUUUCACUGAAUAUAUCUGGGUAACAUUCCUGAAUUACUGACAGAAUCAAAAUACAUUUUGACAACAUAGGGCUUUAGCUAUUUCUGAAAUUGUAUAUUUAGUGGAAAAAGAACAAAAUCAUAUUAGUAAUGUGCUAAUUUUUUUUGGAAGCAAGCAUUAGAAAAAAGACUAGAUUUUUUUUUUAAAGUAAGUCUGUACAAUAAUCUUUAUUUGAAUUAAAGCCAACUUUGAACUUUUUAUUAGUGAACUCAAAUUAACUGAAGCCCUGGCUAACAUAUUUAAUAUCUAUAUUUCUGAGUUUAAACCAAUUAUCAAAUUGAUACUAGGCAUAACCAUUUGAGAUGAGGAUUGCUUUAAUACAAAUAUUCAGGGAAAAUUUUUAUAAGACUCUUAAAAACAUUGAAAAAUUACUUAUACAUCACUAGAACAGGACCAAUCCAGUACAUCAUAAAAUCACCUGAAUAUAUUUUACAAAAUCCUAGGUUUGCAUAUAAACAUUAUGGAACACCAAUGCAGGCACAAUGGCAUAGUGACAAUAUUUUCAUGCCAAAUUAUACAUCACUGUAAGCACAAGAAAAUUACCUUAUUGCCUGUAAAGAAACUUUGGGGGUUCUAGUAAACAAGAGAGUUUGUGACAGAGAGCAAGGGAGGAAAGACAAAGUAAGAAGGGUCAAUUAUUACAAUGGACAAUGUGUCUUUCCUGAAUUCACUCAAUACAUGAAAAAGUUCUCUCUUAAAAAAGCUGAGUAAGAUGCAGACAAUGACUGUCUUUGUUUGUGUGUGAAUUAUAAAGGAAUUAACUUGCAGAAGUUGUGAUUAAAGAAACAUUACAGAUUUAUUAUUCUCACUUAUAACAAAUGCUUCAGUUUUUUUUUCCUGGGGGUGGUGCUGGAGAAGGGGGUGUUGGAAUACAGUGUGUAUUGUGAGAUGCAGAGUCAUUAAAACAAAACAAAACAAACAACCCCUUAAACCUAUCUGCAAUUCUUCAAAUUACGCAAAAGUGAAAAACAGACUACCUGCAGGUCAGGAUAGACAUUUUGUUUAAUGCUUGCGAUGAGAUUAUUAAUCACUAAUUAAACAACCCUACCUUCUUCUUAAACCCAGUGCAACUGUCAAUUCUAAUUUAUAAAAAUAAACAUACACAUAGGGCCUAUAUCCAGAAUAAAUCCACUGAAGACUAAUUAUCUCUAGAAUUACUCUGAAUUUACACUCAUGUAAUUGAGCACAAUUGACUAGAUUUCAAAAGAGGAAAAAAUCCGCUAAUUCCUAUUGUUAAAACAUGGAGUCAACGCCAGCAUCAUGAUUACUGACAAUGUUUCAUCUGAUUUUCUCUUCCAGACCCCAGAAAUAAUGUAAUAGACUACAUAUGCAAAUGCGUUUCUUAAUUGACUGCAUUCAGUUCCUGAGGGGACAACACCAUGGACCUUUUAAACUUGAUUAGAAUGGCAGUGUCAAAGAAAAACUUUUCCUGGCUAUGAGGCGGAUAUACACACAGCAUAACACAAUGCAUUACAUAGCCAUAAAUGCCCAUCCUUACAUACAUAAAGAAUGUAUGUAACAAUACCUAGGAUACCCUGAAACAUGUGAACAUCAGCAUUUACCUCUUAGAUGAAUAAAACUGGAUAUUCACCUGAAUAAAAUUUAAGUCUACAUCAUGCAACAAGCAUGCUAACUACUUAUUUUUUUAGUUAAGUGGUGACAACUAUGAGGAUACAAUUUAGCAAUAAAAAAGAUGAUUAAUUCUAACCAAUGGUAUUGCCACAAUACAUGUGUGUUAAAUGGCAUUUUAAACUCUUAUUUCUAGGUAACUGAGCUUUUAAAAGGCCAAACAUACUGGUUUCACAUGUUGUAGGACCAUGACUUCAGGGGCUAUAGAUAAUAUAAUUUACCCAGUAGCAGAAAGAUGGGAGGGCAAAGUAUUUAAAUAGAAGUGAAAACUGAAUGAAGAGUUUCUAAUCAAUAUUUCAACAUUCACUUUGAUAGCAAUCUACCAACUAUAGCCAAACAUUAACGUAGGAAAAGCCAUGCCAAAUUGGCUAACUUAAGAACAUGGAGCUUAUAUGUUUUUUAAAAAAGUAUUACUUAUUAGAGUCUCUGCAUGCCACUCAAUCAUUGUCAUUUAUUAAAAAUUUACAAAAAUCUUGGCAAAACCACUUUUCCCCCCAAUGAUUGACUUAAAUCUGUUACAUAUGGGAAAAAAAUCACCUCCUACAGCUCCCAGAAGCUAACCUGAAACCACUGUUUGAAAGGAGCAAUUACAUUUGGAAACUAACACACAUUCACACAUGUUCUGCUGGGUAAAAUCCACUCCACACGGCCAAACAGCUACUUUGACAUAGGCUAUGUAACAAUAAAGCUGGAAGGUAAUACUACCCUUCAUGAGAGUGGGAUGGUACCUUAUUAAUCUGCUUUAUACCACAGGGCUGAUCUAUCCUUCAACCACUGUCUACUAGUAAUUGGCCUUGUUCUUCAUCCUUCCAUCUCCCUUAGCAGUGACUUUAGAUCCCUUCCAGACUAUGGCAGUAGGCUCACUAGCCCUACCUGCUUACUCACUGCCAGAGCAGGGGUACCUCUACCUGAACUAGCUUGAAUCCCAAUAGUGUGGAUAACCGUAGUAAUGAAGACCGCACAAUGCAGGGUUCAGUGCAAGUAGUACGAGCCCAGCACAGACCUUGUGUAUAUAUUCUGCUUGCUCACGCAUGCCACGCUGUUUUACCUGCUACUGUACUCUCAGUAGCUAGAUUCAAACUAAGACAAGCAGCCUAGCCCCACGCAUAGCUUUUGCUGCGUAGAUACACCUCAAAUAAGACCAGUGCUCUGUGGCCCAGCACCAUGAGAAUUCAUAAUUCAGAGGGAAAAACGGUCGCUCCCAGUUGCUAUGAGGCCAAGGGAGACAUGCAUGAAGGGAAAGGCAGGAAAUACAGGGUCUUGUAAAAAAUUACCAGUACAUGGCCCCAUAUACAUGAGGCGUGGGUGGUUCUAUCAGGGGUAACUCUGGCAAACCCCUCUCAGCUUUGAAGUAGUUCUGGGUCACAGAUCCAGGCACCCCCAUCUCUCAAGCACUGCAAACUAAGUAUGCCUGACCUCUCUCACUACUAGCCUCAUCUCCAUCUCUUCACUUUAGCCCCCUAAUCUCCUUGAGCAUGCACUCUCCUCAUGCUGCCUCCACUUCCUUCAAUGCUCUCUCUGGAUCGCCUUACAUCUGUUUUUAAUCCCCUGUAGGCAAUUAAACUGUUUUACCAAGUCUAAAGACCUCUCUUUUCAGUCACUUCAAAUACCUCCCGUUUCCUGGGGAUCACCCACUUUAUUCAAUUCCUUUCUUAAGGUACUUCCAACAUCAAGAAAUGGGUUUUCAGCUUCUUUUUAGUAGCCGAGUCAUGCUAAGAUGCUAGAAAAAAGAUGCUUCUCGCCCCUCAACUAUCAGGCUCAAACAACUAUCUAUCAUGACAUUAAUGCAGAAACUAAGAAACAAAUGGAAGAGAUGCAAUAAUAUCAGGUCACAUCUUAAAGACCUACA